GAAGUGAAAGUCCUUCGAGAUGUGUUUGCUACUUGCUGUGAAUAUUGCCUUCAUGCCCGCUGCUAGGAUGCUAUUUUUGAUGGCCCUGGCAUGCGCCAGUCCAUUUCUGGAAUUUCGAGAAGAAAGUCCAAGAUCUCUCAAUGUAGCCAUCAUUUUUAGUGGAACAUCUUACCCACCCGAGAGUGCACGCUUUGCACCUUCUACUUUUCGGAACUUCUCCAUGGAAGUGAAUCCAAUAUCAGUGAUUCUAAAUGACACAAACCCCCGCAGCCUUAUCCUGCAAAUCUGUGAUGUCCUCUCCAGCCUCCGUAUCCAUGGGGUUGUCUUUGAAGAUGAUACCCGAACUGAAUCUGUUGCUCAGAUACUUGAUUUCAUCUCUGCACAAACAUCUAUGCCGAUAAUUGGCAUAAAUGGCGGAUCUGCAAUUGUACUAACACCCAAGGAGAAAGGUUCUACCUUUUUGCAGUUGGGUGCAUCUACUGAGCAGCAACUACAAGUCAUCUUUGAAGUCUUGGAGGAAUACGACUGGACAUCUUUUGCAGUAAUCACCACUUUGUUUCCUGGAUAUGAGGACUUUGUGGAUUACAUAGAGUUGCUGACAGACAGCAGCUUCAUUGGUUGGGAAAAUCGAGGAAUCUUGACCCUUAAUUUGACUGAUGACCCCAAUGGUUCCAAAUUAAAAAGACAGCUAAAAGAGAUUACAGCUCAAGUGAGACUUCUUUACUGCUCUCGAGAAGAAGCUGAUGGAGUCUUUAAGGCUGCUAGGGAGGCUGGGUUAACUGGACCAGGCUACAUAUGGUUCAUGGUGGGAACCAAUUUAGGUGGUACAGAUUAUAUGCCUGAGCACCUUCCCGUUGGACUUUUUACAGUCUUAUCUGCUGGAUGGAAAGAUGACCUUCACCACAGAGUACAGAAUGGAGUGUCAAUAAUUGCUAAAGGAGCUGAGGCUUUGUACAAGGAUUUUGGAUUUAUACCAGAAUUCAACAAUGAUUGCAGGGCGCCCAACCGCACUCACAUGAAUGAGAAUCUACACAGGUAUUUCAAGAACAUCUCCUGGGGUGCAAAGGAUUUUUCUUUUAAUGAAGAUGGCUACCUCAUUAAUCCAGCUCUUGUAGUGAUUGCACUCAACAAAGAGAGGAACUGGGAAGUGGUUGGAAUCUGGGAGCAUGGAGAUCUACGGAUGAAAUACCCUGUGUGGUCCCGUUAUGGGAAGUUCCUGCAACCUGUGGAUGAUGACCAGCAUCUUACUGUCGCUACCCUAGAGGAACGCCCCUUUGUUAUUGUUGAAGGUGUGGACCCAGCAACAGGAACCUGUAUCCGGGAUUCUGUACCCUGCCGCAAACAACUUAACAAAACUGACAACCACUUGACAGAUCCAAUCAUUUUCGUCAAACAGUGCUGUAAGGGUUUCUGCAUUGACAUCCUGAAACGGCUUUCCAAGACCAUUGGAUUUACUUAUGACCUGUAUCUAGUAACCAAUGGAAAACAUGGAAAAAAGAUUGAUGGUGUGUGGAAUGGCAUGAUUGGGGAGGUGUUUUACCAGCGGGCUGAUAUGGCCAUCGGAUCACUCACUAUAAACGAGGAACGCUCAGAGAUCAUUGACUUUUCGGUUCCCUUCGUAGAGACAGGAAUCAGUGUCAUGGUGUCGAGGAGCAAUGGCACAGUAUCCCCAUCUGCAUUUUUAGAGCCGUAUAGCCCUGCUGUCUGGGUCAUGAUGUUUGUCAUGUGCCUUACCGUGGUUGCUGUGACUGUUUUCAUCUUUGAGUAUUUUAGCCCUGUCGGCUAUAACCGGAGUCUUUCCACAGGCAAAUGUCCUGGUGGCUCCAAGUUUACUAUUGGCAAAUCAAUUUGGCUCCUUUGGGCACUGGUAUUUAAUAAUUCGGUUCCAGUGGAAAAUCCUAAAGGCACUACGAGCAAAAUCAUGGUUCUUAUCUGGGCGUUCUUUGCAGUCAUAUUCUUGGCUAGCUACACUGCCAACCUGGCUGCCUUUAUGAUCCAAGAGGAAUAUGUAGAUACAGUGUCUGGACUCAGUGAUAAAAAAUUCCAGAGACCUCAUGAACAGUACCCGCCUCUCAAAUUUGGCACUGUUCCCAAUGGCAGUACUGAAAAGAACAUCCGCAGCAAUUACCCAGAUAUGCAUGCCUACAUGAUCAAAUACAACCAGCGGCAUGUGGAGGACGCCUUGCAAAAUCUGAAGACUGGGAAACUGGAUGCAUUCAUUUAUGAUGCAGCCGUUUUGAACUAUAUGGCUCGAAAGGAUGAGGGUUGUAAACUGGUUACCAUUGGCAGCGGAAAAGUAUUUGCUACAACAGGAUAUGGAAUUGCUUUACAGAAAGGCUCAAAGUGGAAACGGUCUGUAGACCUUGCAUUGCUUCAGUUUCUAGGAGAUGAUGAGAUUGAGAUGCUGGAGAGACUAUGGUUAUCAGGAAUUUGCCAUAAUGAUAAAAUUGAGGUGAUGAGCAGCAAAUUAGACAUCGACAACAUGGCUGGUGUAUUCUAUAUGCUUCUGGUUGCUAUGGGAUUGAGUCUUCUUGUAUUUGCUUGGGAGCAUCUCAUAUACUGGAGGCUUCGACACUGCAUGAGGCAUUCUGGGAAACUGGAUUUCCUGUUGGCAUUUAGCAGGGGCAUGUACAGUUGUUGUAGUGAUGUAGAUCCAAAGGAUUCAGAUCAACAGCUUCCUACACUGAAUCACUGUUAUCCAUCGCAGAGGUUACCAGCCUUGCCCAACUCAACUGUUCUACCACCUCCACUGCCUUCAGCACCGUUGCCAUGUUCUAACUUCAUUCCAAGAGAAAGGCGCGUUGUAGAGAGGUGGCGCCAUGCACGAAGUCCAAAUUGCUACAAAGAUAUUUACACACCAACUCGCCCUGUACAUGACCCAAAUAAUAAAGUGGCUGCUCCAAGACUUCCUCAUAAAAAUACAUUCUCUGAUGGAUUUCACCGUUACUAUGGACCAAUUGAGCCUGAAGGACUAUCAGAUCAUUUGGUUGAGUCAGGGCAAGCAUUUGGCAAAGAUAAAAAGAUGGCAUCAUGCCAAAUGUCACCACAAACACAAAGGGAACAUUUCUUGGAAAACCCACCCUCCUAUUUUGCAAUUGUACGUGAAAAAGAUGCCCCUGAACCACCAGGAUGGCAGUCAAAAAUUUCCAGAGGCCUUUAUGAUAACUACCAGUCAGGAAAGGAAAGAACACCAAAGUCCACAGCUGGAGCACGAGGCAGUCGAACACCAGAAACUACAACAAAGAAAUUUGAUCAUUUGGGAAGCAGCUACCAAUCAAAGGGUGCAUGUGACAUCGAACGAGAGGUUUUUAGUAGUGGAGGACCCAGUAGCAAUAGCAAUCGCACCAACAAAGCUAGUGUAGAUUUAUUUGAUAAACCCCACUAUAGUGGCCAUACAAGGUUCACCUAUGAAGAUGAGCGCAGCUGUGGGAGAGAUUGCCAUCAUCACAGAGAUGACAUGGACUUAGAAUCCCAGCCUUUACUGCAUAAAAAAUCCAGUCGUUCUCACAUGUGCAGAAGUCACUCUCAUCCCUUAGUUAUGGGUGCCAGUCAAAGCAAAUAUGCGGACCUUUCAGAUUCUGAUUCAGAUGUAUGUGAGAGAGAACCUACUUGUGUAAAAACAGAAAUGGGACAUAAUUGCUGGUAUUCACCAAACUAUUUCUGCACUUAUCCAUCUAGAGAACGUCAAGUGGCAUCUGCCCCACGCAAGCCAAUGAGGUACUGGUCUGUAGAUAAGUUAGGCAAGUAUCAUCAGUUAAGCAAAGAGUAUGUUCCAGGCACAUGUCAUGGCUCUUGUUAUUGCAGUAGCUUAGAAAUGCUGCAACCUCACUGCCACAAAGAGCCAAGAUACUUUAGCUGCUCAGAUGAAAAACUUGAACGACGGUUAGACUGGGAGCACUUUCAUAGUGGUCACUGCUCCUUCCUUCACCAUCAUCACCACUCCUGUGACUUAGCUCCUAUUCAUCCCACGUCACGAAGUUUAGAGGACCUCAGCAGAUGCCACUUGAGGUGUCACAGGCACAUCGUCUCGCCAGAAUUCAAGCCUAGAUCAAGCCACAGGGGAGCCCUUUAUAAAAGAAGGGGUUCUGCACACUUCUCCAGUUUGGAAUCAGAAGUAUGA